AUGCCAAAUCGUCGUGUUGCAAGACAACGCAAGAACGCUACUUCUCAUCAAGGGACAUCCAAAGGAAUCAAUUUGAAGAGAAGAAGACUAUGUGACUCUUCUGAAUCCGAAUCAAAACAGGAUGCUCAGGAUGUCGUGGAAGAAACGGACAAUGAACAAGCGGAGGAACCAAUUCAGGAGACGAUCCCAAAACCUGGAGGAACAAAAAAUGGAGAGAUGUUUUUUGCUACAAGUGUUGUAUAA